AUGACCCUGUCCAAGGUACUCGACGCAGUCUCGGACACUCUCGUCGCGCGACACUUUUCAACUAUCGCAGCGGCACACGGAGGAGCCACUGGAUCGGCGAAUGCUGCAGCUGCAGGUCCGAAGGAUGAUGAUGUCCUGAUGUUGAGCCAAGCCGCAGCAGAUCCAAGUGCAUGGAUCGUCGUGCUCCACUACGGCGCGAUUCUCCUACUCAUCGUCUUGUCGGCUAUUUCAUCAGGACUUACGCUCGGGCUCAUGUCGCUCGAUAAAGUGAGUCUCGACGUGAUCGUGCGAGCAGGAGCUCGUCCAGAAGCGACGGUCGAGGAACGAACGAAAGCUCAAGCAGCUCGACGGAUCCUACCUGUCCGUGCUGACAGCAAUUUACUGCUCACGACCCUCGUGCUCACGACGGUCGCUGUCAACUCUCUCCUCUCGAUCCUCCUGGUCGACUUGACAAGUGGCGUCGUAGGCUUCUUCGCCUCGACGGCGCUCAUCCUCGUGUUUGGCGAGAUCUUGCCGCAGUCGAUCUGUUCAAGACACGCGCUGUCCAUUGGAUCGACGUUCGUCCCGGUCGUGAAAGGGCUGCGACUUGUGCUGUAUCCGCUUACGAAACCUGUGAGCUACACGCUCGACCGGGUGGUUGGGGAAGAUGUAGGCACGAUGUUUACCAAGCGAGAGCUGCAGAAACUCGUGGAGAUUCAUGUGAGACAGCAGAUUGUGCACCCGGAAGAAGGGUGUAUUGUACGCGGAGCAAUGAGCUACAAGAACAAGGUCGUGAGCGACAUUAUGAUGCCAGCCGACAAGCUCUUCUCGCUUUCGAUAUCCUUUCUACGCUCUGUACUUGUUCCCAUUGUGUUUGCUGCACGUAUGGAGCCUACGACGUCAUGA